CUACAUUGAAGAACCCAGAAGCGCUUCUCAGAACCACGAAGAGCACAAACCGACCAGGAAGUUUUUCCCACUUCCGGCUUGCCGGUGUCAAAUGGUUCAGAUUGGCGGUGCAAAGAAGACCUUGACACCGGUGCAACCAACCGUCAACUGGAGGAGCAGAUUCGGAGUUCGAAAGCUUCGAAUUUUUGCGGCGCAUGUUCUGCAAAUUCCGGCGGAAAUCGAUGCUGUAUUAGGUAUGAAAAACGAUCAUCUCGUCGUGCUCUACGUCUUUCAAUAAUUGAUUUUCAAAUUUGGUUAAGUUUGGCAGAAUGGGUAUUUGGAGUGGUUUCGGCCACCGCCGAAAUUCCUUUUCACGGCGGCUAUCUUGGCUGCCCUUGGUUGAAUUCCGACCCUAGUUCAUAUUUAAAAAUGGUUGGAGCUAUGUGUUGAUCGGUUGUUGAGGCUGAGAAUGGUUCCAAUUAUCUUGAUCUGUUAGAGCUGAAGAAUGGUUAGAGCUGAAGGAAGCUGAUAAAUUUAUGCUGAGGUCUUCUGUCUUCAACCAAGCAGGACUUGUACACUCUCAAAGCUAGAUCACCUGAAAGUCUGCAACCAUAUGAAUGAAUCAUUCUCAGCAGUUAAACAAAAUGACAAAAAUCAAUAAUAGGUUUGCUCCAAAUGAAAGAGCCCGAGCAGAUCAAUCAAACAAGCUUAAUUCGGAGCAUCGAUGCUUUUAAGCCGCUCUCUUCCUUCUCCAUUUCUACCUGGUUUCGAUCAGAUUCGAUUUGCCGCAAAAUAUUGGGCUACAGUUGUUAAUCUGAUAACAGUCGUUAUCUGGAAAAUUACAUCACUACCCUCUCCUUCAAAACCCACUCUCUGUUUUUUAAUUGCUCCGUCAUCAUCGAUCACAUGGCAUGCCAUUUUGUAAAAUACCUGGCCAUUUCGGGUCAAUUUAUUGUUUCAGCUGGUACAAGCCUGCCUGUCAAUCUUGUAGACCAAGUUGAGCCGCCCCAAGAAUCUUUAUUGUUUCAGUAUCAGACUUUGUUUUUGCUACUAGCAUUAUAUAUAUGCAGUACUCGAUGUUUGCAUAUAAAUAUAUAUAUACACACACAGGUAGAUAUAGCGUGUGAUAUCGGCCGGAAUAAUGGGCACAACCGUGGAGGAUGUGGUGAUAGUGGGAGGAGGGAUAGCCGGGCUGGCGACGGCGGUGGCGCUAAAGAGAGCUGGAAUAGAAGCGUUGGUGUUGGAGAGAUCGGAAGGGCUGCGAGCCACCGGUGCAGCCUUGACUCUAUUCCCAAACGCCUGGGUCGCUCUUGAUGCCUUGGGGGUUUCUCAUAAGCUUGCUUCAUAUACCUCCUCUCUCAAGGGAUAUGUAACUGAUGUUGAUACUGGAGAAGUUCAAGAAAUCUCUUUCACCAAAGCCAAUGGUGAUGCAGUUGGACCGAGAUCAGUACACCGGAAAGCCUUGCUCGAGGCUUUGGCAGAUGAAUUACCGGUUCAUUCAAUCCAUUUCUCUUCCAAGAUCUCUGCUAUCGAAACCCAACAACAUGAAGGUUCAUCCAUUGCCAUUGUUCACAUGGAAAAUGGAACUGUCAUUAAAGCAAAGGUUCUCAUAGGUUGUGACGGGGUUCACUCAGUUGUGUCACGCUGGUUAGGACUCUCUGAACCAGUCCUUUCAGGUCGAUCAGCUGUUCGUGGCUUAGCUGUGUAUCCUCAAGGCCAUGGACUCGAGAGGAACGUGCAACAGUAUGUAGGAUCAGGUAGAAGGGCCGGCUUCGUUCCCCUCACCGACAAAGAGAUCUACUGGUUCUUCAGUUGCACAUCUCCGGCUAAAGGGACCUUCCUGGCAGAAUAUCCAGAAGAUAUACAAAAAGAAGUACUUGAGAAUCAUGCCAAGGACCUCCCACCUAUAUUCUCAGAUGUUGUGCAGCAUUCAGAUCUUUCGACAUUAACAUGGGCUCCACUGAAGUUUAGGUAUCCCUGGAACGUAGUGUUUGGCAACUUAAGCAAGCAAAACAUCACGGUGGCCGGCGAUGCUAUGCACCCCAUGACACCUGACCUAGCACAGGGGGGUUGUUCAUCAUUAGAAGAUGCAGUGAUCUUAGGCAGGCAUAUUGGGACAUCCUUUGUAAAAAAUGGGCAAGUAAUUGUGCAGAAAGAGAUGAGUGAAGUAUUGGGCAAAUAUGUGGAAGAAAGAAGGUGGCGCGUCGCCUUGUUGAUCACUGGAUCAUAUAUAUCAGGAUGGAUGCAGCAGGCAGGCUCUGGAUGGGGUAUGAAAUUCUUGAGAGACGCCAUAUUUUACAAGUUCCUUUUCCCUAAGAUGGUUAGAUAUUUAUACUAUGACAGUGGAAAACUCGACUUCUAGUACGCAUUUCAUCAAUAAAGAGGCAAAAAAAGGUUGAUGAUUCUUCUACAGAACGCUGAUCUAGAGUGCAGGCUAUAGAAUAAAUAAGUUGUACGUACCAAGUAACAUCUGAUUAGGGAGACCCAAGGAGUUGCAAUGUAGUAAUGUACGUGUACUGCUAGGGAAUGAAUUUUGUCUUUUUAUCUUUGAAUUUCUGUUAAUGUUCGGUUUUUCCCCUUCUCUGUUAAAUGUAAUUUGUAAGGUCUAAUUUUCAAAAAUAAAAUAAUUGUUUAAGGAAAA